AUGCGCUUCCUCCAUCGCCUCGCUCUUUUAGCGUCAUCGAUACUUCUCUUCUCCUUUGGUGAAGGGCAUUCACAAUCAAGAAAUCCUCUCAACUACCUCUCUCUAAUCGAAAACCCUCGAAUUCACACUCCUUCUCAGCGAGUCCAUGCCACCUCCCACUUCGACCUCACUUUCGACCUCCACAAACACUCGGAACACAUUCGCUUAAGUUUAGAACCGAACCAUGAUAUCAUCCACGACGACUCAUACGUCGAGUUUGUCGACAAAGAUGGCAUUGUCAGGCAUGCCGAGAAGAUGCAGCGUGGGGACUUCAAGGUCUAUCAGGGCAAGUCAUUCGUGGUUGAUGAAGACGGGUUGUCUACCAACGUAGGCUGGGCUCGCGUGGUGGUGAGAAGAGACGGUGUUCGGCCUCUGUUUGAGGGUGCUUUCACUAUCAUGGGCAACCAUCAUCACAUUCAAAUGAAGUCUACCUACAUGGCGACCAAACACCUGCAAGAUCCUCAUCUAGAGGAUGAAGAAGACGAAUACAUGGCUGUCUGGCGAGACACUGAUGUUAGCCGACAACCACAUCGGGACUUGAGGAGAAGCGCUGCCGCUGAUUUAACUUGUGCUUCGGACAAGCUACCUUUCAAUACCGACCCGGAACAUCCCCUCUUCCGUGACCUGAAGCUUAAAAAGGAGGAAGGAUAUUGGGGAUCCAUGCCCCUAUCGCAUCUGUUUGGCAAACGCCAGAACAUUGAUGGCGGUGGUGCUGGCAACGGGAAUUCCGCUGGUGUCAACCUCAAAGAUUCCAUCGGUAGUACGGCCGGAUGUCCAACGACCCGAAGAGUGGCCUUGAUUGGGGUUGCAACCGAUUGUACCUACACUGCCAGCUUCAAUUCGACGGACAGUGUGCGACAGAACAUCAUCACUCAAGUCAACACAGCGUCCGAUCUUUAUCAAUCUACUUUCAACAUCACUCUCGGUCUGAGAAAUUUGACUGUGUCCGAGGCUGAGUGUCCCGCUACUGCUGCAGCUCAGACCCCCUGGAACGUAGGCUGCAGCGGCAGUACCGACAUGACUGCUCGCUUGAACCUCUUUUCUCAGUGGCGAGGUCAGCGUGGGGAUAGCAACGCCUACUGGUCUCUCUUCACUACGUGUAACACUGGCGCUGAAGUCGGUCUCGCAUGGCUUGGACAGUUGUGCAACAGCGGUGCUACUUCUCAACAAGACACAAGUGGUACAUCUCAGAGCGUCACGGGCGCAAAUGUGAUUGCAAAGACCUCUACCGAAUGGCAAGUGUUUGCUCAUGAAUCGGGCCAUACAUUUGGCGCUGUCCACGAUUGUGACUCGAGCACCUGUGGAGAUGCCAACACUGUCAACUCGGGCCAGUGCUGCCCCCUUUCGUCAUCCACAUGUGAUGCUAAUGCGCAGUAUAUGAUGAAUCCCUAUUCAUCUCCAGGUAUCACCAGAUUUUCCCCCUGUUCGAUCGGCAACAUCUGCAGCGCCCUAGGCCGCAACUCGGUACAAUCGGGUUGUCUUACUGAUAACAAAGGUGUCGUUACCAUUACCGGUAAUCAGUGUGGCAAUGGGAUUGUCGAGGAAGGAGAAGAUUGCGACUGUGGUGGUGCCGAAGGCUGUAGUGGUAAUUCGUGCUGCAAUCCUGAUACUUGCAAGUACAACACAGGCGCGGUGUGCGAUCCCAGCAACGAAGGCUGCUGCACGUCGCAAUGUCAAUUUGCGAGCGCAAACACUAUCUGUCGUGCAAGCACUGGUGUUUGCGAUCCCCAGGAAACAUGCUCAGGUACGAAUGGCACCUGUCCUACCGAUACCACUGCCCCAGAUGGGACGUCGUGCAACAGUGGAAACGCAACCGGUCUACACUGCGCCAGCGGUCAGUGCACGAGUCGUGACCUGCAAUGCAAGACCCUGAUGGGCGAUUAUACGUCGACCAACGACACUUAUGCCUGCAAUAGUCAAACGUGCAUUAUCAGUUGCGGCAGUCCCGACUUUGGGGCGAAUGUGUGCUAUAGCAUGCAGCAGAACUUCCUGGAUGGGACGCCCUGUGGUGGGGACGGCAAAUGCAGAAAUGGAGUGUGCAGAGGCAGCACUGUUGGAGGAGAAGUCAGAUCAUGGAUCGAUCACAACAAGACACUCGUGAUUGCGCUCGCCUCCGCCCUCGGAGGGUUAUUACUACUUGCAGUCCUCGGUUGUUGCGUACGGGCUUGUCGAAAACCUCGAGCGAAGCAAAUGGUCGCUGGUGCUCCUCGUCAACGAAACAGACCACCCCGCGGCUGGGAUGGGCCACCUGUUCCAAUGCAGAUGCAAAGUCGUGGUUACGGCCAAGGAAACUGGGAUUCGACCCCACAAGCACCACCACCGACGUACUGGGCAAAUCAACCGCCUCAAAAUCAUUGGCCUCAAGGCGGAGGCUAUGAUAAUGGCAACAGGGGGGCGAGUGUGCGAUAUGCUUGA